CCCACUGUCCAGGAAGUGAAGAUCUCUAUUUAUGAUUUUGCACGAGAGGUAUGACAGGCGGUUUCAAAAGAAAGAAAAAAACAGUUGCUGCAUGAAAACUAUAACAUAGAUGACCAGAUACGUGAAUUAUGAAUUUGGGAGAUGGCUUGCUAUUUGAGCUCGAAAAUGGAAAGCCCAAGCUGAUUUUUACCAGCCACGGGUUUGAAUCCAAGACUUCAAAUAAAUCUAGCAAGAAUCCCCUAAGAAACAGACCUCCGAAAUUGAUUGCUGCCUCAAAGCAAUUGCCUCAAGAGGCUUCACGUGAGAGGCCCCAGAGGAGUCAAGGAAAAGGCCCAGGCUCAUAUAAGAAUGCCUCAGAUACUACCAUUGUGAAUCUGGACAACCAUGCAGAACUUAAUGGCCCGGGGAAGAUCAAAGCUAAACGGGUGGAUAGAGGGCAGUCAGUAAAGAGGUCUGACACUCACAAGACCAAGACCGCAAGCGAAAUCAUCGGAGCCCCAAAAAAUAAUCCAAAGGAGAGUCUGGUUUGUCUGACUCAAGAUCAGCUACAACAGAUCCUAAGCAACAUAAACAAAACCGCCUGUCCGGGGGAAGAAGAUGAUACUCAUGUGAAAACACAGAUGGUAACAGACAAUCCCAGAGAGGAUGGGCUAGCCAUGUCAAGAGAAACUCAUGAGGCACUCAUUUCAGAUGGAAACCUUCGUCGGAAUGGGAGUGCACAGGAAAAAGGGAAAGACAAUAAAAUAGCUCUGAACGGCACAGUCUCUGGCUUCCUCGGUAAGCUGGGAGAGCGGGAACUUGACAAAGAAGCUCUGGAGGCCAGGAGAACACAGUGGCGGAGAGAGUUAGAUGACCAGUUACUUGAAAAGCGUCAGGAGACAGCAAGUGCUGAGGUUACACUACCAGGAGGAACAAUCCGAAUUAAAUCCAGCUCUAGGGAUGCACCACUCAGGCUGCAGAAAGAGAAGUUUUGUGUAGCCUCUGGUAUGGGAGGUACAGACAGCCAGGGAUCAACCUUCAGCAGCCAAAGGGACCUGCCUUCUGCCAUCCGCUCUGCUUUUGUCCUGGGGGAGGCGGCUCCUUCAAAUGAGGCGUUCAGUGUAGAAAAGAAGGAACAACAGAGGCUUUGGCUGCAGGAGCUGGAUCAGCAGAGGCAAGAGGUCCAGCAGAGACGUAGGCAGGAGAAACUACUUCACAACCAAGCUGAGGACCAUGACCGCUGGGCAAUGCACUUUGACUCCUUACAUAAAAGUCUUGUGCCUCAGCCCUCAUUUUUGCCUUAUGAUAAGGGAGAGGCAGAGCUUGGCAGCUCCCUGUCACGCCACCAUUCUCCAUCAAGAACCAUGUCUAGUGGCUGGGAGGCCAUAAGCUUGUCUGGGAGAGACAGCCAAGGCAGGUCCAGUGUGGACACAACAUCUGGAAACAACGCCCCAAAAGCAAGCUACCUUCGCACUAUGACUGCUCUUUUGGACCCUGCCCAGAUAGAGGAGAGAGAGAGGAAGCGUCUGAAGCAGUUAGAGCACCAGCGAGCAAUCAACACUCAGGUGGAGGAGAGGAGGAGGCAGAGAGAGAAGGAAGAGUUAGAACGAAAACGGCAGGAACAAGAGGAAGAGAGAAGAGUGGCAAAGGAGAGAGAAUGUCUUCAACAGCAGUACCUACUUGAUUCCCGAAGAGAGAGAGUCAAAGAGGAGUUGCUCAGCCGUAGGACAGAGGAAAUGUUACUAAGUGUGCAGCGUGCACAAGAAGAAGCUCAAAAGGACAAGCAGCUGCAACGGAUCCGCGAAUUGGCAAGGAAAGGCCAUGAUGUCUCAAAACUGCUGGGGAGUCUAGAGAGAAGAUCUGCUGACUCGGUGCAAAAAUCUCAAAGUCCAUCUGAUAGUCUGUCUGUUGCUCUGAGAAUUGAAGACCUCAGCCCAGUCUCUCCCAGACGAGAAACAGGUGUGCAGACAGUAGACAUGGCUGGUGAAAUCUCAGAUGCCAGAGCCCACUGUGACUAUCCUGCCCCUAUCAUGGCCAUGGCUGUGGAGCACUGUCCUGCUCCUCCAUCCCAGCCCAGGAGACCUCCGAGGGAGAGCCAGCCGAUGGAGCAGAGCUCAGGGAAGGAGAACAUGUGGAAUGCUGCAGCGGAGCCUCAAGAGGUUCCAGAGAGCAGCCUGUAUGAACAGUUUCAGCGCACCAGCCACAGGGCCAGGCCAGCCGAAGGCAAACGGCCCGAGUGGAACACGCGAAAGCCCAGCAGGCCGUUUGUCCCUGCGUCUGAGCGCUACCCACCAGGCCUGCGUCUGCACCGGCAGGAGAGCCGCCUGCGCAGGCAGAUGGAGCUGCUGACAUUAGUAGAGAGGAACGCAUACUCCAGAGCCUCAGCUCCCUUACCACAGGAACUUGCAACCAGCACCUCUCUCCAAAUGAAGGAAGAAAUGUCUGAUCAACCCAAAUCUCACUCCAUGGUGGUCCAUGCCGAUAGUAGGGCUUGCUGUUCUCCCAUUCCAACCUUGGAACUCAACCAACAGCAGCAGCCACACAGUUCAGCCAAAAAGAGUUCAGAGGGCUCUUGUGAUGCCCCCCUUUCGCCAGACUAUGUCCCCUAUGUACGCACAGAUGAGGUUUACCAGCUGGACCCCCUGGCUAUGCCACAGGAACCUCAGAGGAAACAGCAAACAGUUGUGGCCAGCAGCAGACAAAGUACACCUGUUGCUGUUCGAGACCCCCUGCUGCAUCCAGAGCUACUCAAAAACCGUGAGAGGCAGCAAGCCAUCCUCAAGGGCCUCUCUGAGCUCAGACAGGGUCUACUGCAGAAGCAAAGGGAAUUGGAGACGGGUCUGAAUCCUCUACUGCAGAGUCAAGGACCAAACAUGGCCCACUACUAGGAGUUCUAUUUUCUAAAAUCUGCCAACAAGCACUUUAAACAGGACAAAUCAACAAACGGAAGCGUUUACUGUAUUUGCAUUUGCACUUUUUACCUUUAACCUGUGGUCAUAAGGCUGCUGUAAUUGCAACUGAAUGUAUCUUUUGUAAUCUGUAUGAAUUUGUAUAUUUUUGUGGUAUCCGUAACAAUUAUUGUAGACAGUCAAUGACCAUGAAAUCAUUUGACAUUGUCUGAUUUUUCUGUCGAACAGAAUACUUGGACUACCAACCAGAAGUGUGUUGUCUCAUUAAGUAUUGAUGUGGAUUAAAGUAUUUUGAUAGUA